AUUUGUUGUCAAAUGAAUCAGUCCCCAAUCCAACCGAAGUGGCUCCAUCGAGGUACAGCGAAGCAAAACGGAGCCAACAUACGUGUCGAUGCGGAUAACCAAUGAUCGGGCUGUGGGGCGCCCAAUUAACUCGGUAUAGCUCACUUGGGCUCUAUAUUAUGGAGCUUUCAUCUGGACGUAGAAGGGAAAUUAAAACAUGACAUAAUUCCAGUUGGUCUCCAUUGUGCGUAUCACCAUGGCUAUAUAUCCGACCAAAGCUUUCGAGAUAGAGUAGUGCCCGAACUGGGUAGUCCACUAGUCGAAUCUAACCCACCGUGUUCGAGCAAUUCUCGGACGAUCCAUUCAUUCACCGCUAGAAGUAUUUUGACGAGAAAAGUGCGCCCGGUCCGCCAAGGUAGCGGACAUACACCGGCAAAAUGAUGCUAUUCGAGCAACGGAAGAAGAAGGUGCUGGAGUUAGCUGAGCAAACAAACGAUGCUCUGAAAACGAUACAAGAAGUCGGCCAGAAACUCAAUAUUACCAGCGAUACCGUGAAAAAAGUCAUCGAGACGAUUAAAAUCGCCGCGAACUCGUUCGGCGACAAAGCCGCCUAUGCAACCGCCUUUACCGGUACCGUGGGAGCAGUCGGCAUCGCCGCCAACAUGAUUGCGACUUAUCAAGGCGUAGGUGAGCUGCGGGCGAUCGCAGGACACCUGAAAAGUAUGAGCGAGACACAAAGAGCCGAGCUUGCGCUCGCAGGGGGAACAGCCUUCGCCGAGAAUAUCUAUGUGAUGCUGAAAUCGAAGAUCGAAAAGUCGGACCCCGAGCUCGACUGGUUUUUCGUGUAUCAUCCGGACACAGACUGGACAUAUCAUUUCGAGGAGAAGCUGCGGACUAAGGGUCUUUUGGGUCGGAAUUUUAUUGGCAUUGUGCAUGACCUCGAUGCCCUGGUCGCCUUCAUGUCGUCUGUCCGAGAUGUAUACGCCACGCGACAUCCACGGCGGAGGCCACCUUUCUUCCAUUUGGUUAUUCCGGCUUAUGAGCCAAUUGUUAUCCCUACACCACUGCUUAUUCCGGAGAAACUUCAUCCGUUUCGGAUUGAGGGCGACAUCCACCGUGGAACAUAUCUGGUUUGGAUGAACUUACCAGGGGUGGACGAGAAAGCUGUUCAGAAUAUCGGAGUAUUUCAACCGCCGCGGUCGAUAUGGGACAACCUCAUGCUUCAAGUCGGUCUCGUCCAAAACCCACCACCCCGUUUCCUCGGCGCCAGUGCCCAAACGAUAGAACAACCUCAGGUUCCUCAACUUCCAGAGCCAACCCCCGUUGCAGCCAUCACAGCACCCGAGCCAGAAAAAGGCGAGAUAUCAUCGCUGAAAGCCAGUCGUGGGUCUAUUCGCCGUGCCCAAACGUACCAGGAUAGCGAGGCAGGAUCGACACACAGUUCCCGAUCGCAUACUCACCGAAGACGCAGACGACAUCGUUCGAACAGUGUGAGCUAUAUAUUCACAUGAGCUUUUUUUUUAUGUUUGUUUAUUUUUGGCGUUGUCUUUGCAUGGGUUGUCAUAUUCAUAUAAACCAUACUCGCUCGCAUUUGGUGGUUCUCAGAGCAUAUUUAUUGGUUUUUUUUUUCUUUUUUUUUUUCUUUUUUUCCUUUUGCAUGGCAGCGGUAUUGAGGACGUGUCGAAG